UCUGACACCGGUCUGUGACGAAGCAGCUGCACCGGUGGUGUGUGUGCGUGUUGUGUUUUCAGCCUUCGCUUAUGUGUGUGUGUGAGACUGAAACUGUGUGUGUGAGUGAGAGUGUGUUUCACCGAUGGAGUCGAACAGUGCAGCGUACGGAGUCUCUCUCGCCGGAACGGGAUUCGAUCUCAUCAAAUUCAUCAAACAGCCUCAAACCAUCAUACGGUUCCUCAGCUGGGUGUUCGCUAUCGUGGUGUUUGCCUCCAUCACGGCAGAAGGUUACGUGAACAGCAGCUCUGAAAUCCAGGCGAAGUGUGUCUUCAACAGGAAUGAAGGAGCCUGUCAUUACGGCGUUGGCAUCGGGGUCAUCGCCUUCCUGGCCUGCAUCGCCUUCCUAUUGGCUGAUGUGUUCCUGCCUUCGAUGAGCAAUGCUCAGGAGAGGAAGUACAUAGUGAUGGCUGAUCUGGGCUUCUCAGGUGCCUGGACAUUCCUGUGGUUUGUAUGUUUCUGUCUCAUGGCGGAUCAGUGGUCAAAGACCCAAGACACCAGCGGCAUCCCUACAGACGCCGUUCACGCCGUCAUCGUCUUUUCAUUCUUUUCCAUCGGAUCCUGGGGAGCGUUAAGUUACUUCGCUCUUGUGAGGUUUCGUCAUGGUGUUGACGAUGUGACCCAGAACUACGUCGAUCCGCCGGUGGACCCCACCUCACCGUAUCCCACCACCUACACGCCGCCCACAUAUCCUUCCUUCCAGAACACGGGUCAAGACGUCUUCCAUCAGCCGCCCUUCGUACCGAAUCCUGACCCGACCGGCCAGAGCAGCUACCAGCCGCCCGUCUACUGACACGUGACACGCACAGAAACCUGAAACACGACACCCAGGUCACCUGGCGCCUCGGGAUGUGGGAGGAGCCUCGGCAGGCAGCCAAUAGGAGACUGUUUGCCAUUUAACACGUGGCCUUAAAUGUGUAAAUAUUCAAGUGUUUAUUUACGUGACUGUAGAUGAGUUUAGAUUUGCACUGAUGAGCUGAAAUAAAGCUGUAAGUUAUUGUGGA